AUGAUCCGCGUGUCAACCGCGGGGAUACAUCUGUCGGUGCUGGUCACGAUACUUGCCUUUGCAAACGCAGCGGACGCUUUCAGGACAUCCGCCAUCGCUGGCGUUCGCAAUAUACAGAGGUGGACGACGCCCGUUGGCGCCGCGUCUUCAAGCAUCGGCAAUAUCGUCAAGGGGAACAAGAUAUUGGCGUCCGGGCGCAUUGUCGAAUGCAGGGGAGGGAGCUCGUAUCUCGUGCAGAUAGAGAAUUCGGAGACCACAGUGCACUGUGAGCUGGCGGGGUCGCUGUAUCGCAGAAGAAAGUUCAUGGCAUUGAACACCAAGGUCAAAAUUGAGGUACAUCUCCUUGCGCCGAAGAAAGGGAGAAUUGUGGAACGCAUAGACUCAUACGAGCAGCUUAUUUUGCAAAGAAGCGAAAACAAAGCUGGGCAGCCUGGAAAUAAACAGGUGGCAAAACAGGGAGACAGCGAUUCAUCGGACAGUGAAUACGACGACUCUGACGUGGAAGAGGUGUGA